AUGGCAUCAGCAACUCCUCAAGAAAUUCAGGCUAUUCUCAGAGAUGAUAGAAAGCUUCAUGAUAUCGCAAAAGCAGCCUUUGAUGCAGUUGAUACAGAUAGAUCUGGAUUCAUUGAUGAGCCAGAACUCAAACAAGUUAUGUGCAGCGUAGCAGGAGAUAUUGGCAUGGACUCACCCUCAGAUUCAGAUGUAAGGGACGUUCUCAGGGAGCUCGAUACAAAUCGAGACGGAAGGAUCAGUUUAGAUGAGUUUAAAGUUUUGAUCAGGCAAGUUUUAGAACUUAUGGCAAAUCAAUAA